UGUCUUCUCAGGAUUUUGUCCACGCUAAUAGCUUUCAUAGUUCUCAAUGUAGUAGCAGUUUCGCAUCAAGAACAUCUCUUGAAGCUGUAAAUGGCCUGGUGAAGCACAAGGUUGAUGUCUUGCCUAGAUUUAGUGGAGAAUAUGCCAGAUGCAAAAGCAGGGACACUGAAAAGUAUGAUCACUUAUCUUCUGAGCAAUCAUAUAUUCACAGCAGGACUGAAUCAGUCUCAAGUGCAAUUUCCAGUGUUGAAUCAGUCUCAAGUGCAAUUUCCAGCAUUCUGUGAUGCAUCAAUCUUGGCCAAGAAACAUGAAAACGUGAAUGAGUUCUCAGAAGAAAUUUGUCCUGCUACUUCUCCUUCAAUUAAAGAAUCUCCCUGGUUAACAGGAAAGCAACUCCAUAUCUCUAGAAUAAAAGCAGAAGAAGUUGAAAAUGGAAGCUGUAACUGCAGCACAGUACGGUCCCUUGCAUUUACUGACUCCGGAUGUGAUAAUCUGACCACAACUUCCCAUGUCAAGAAAUUGGAAGAAGAACUUAAAAGCCAAUCAAGUGAAGUCAGAACAGCUGCUGCUGCAGCAUUGCACAUUCUUGCAAAGCAUGACAAGGACAAUCGUGUUACUAUAGGCCAUUGUGGUGCCAUUGGGCCUUUACUUUCACUGUUAUACUCAGAAGUGAAACUAACAAAAGAGCAUGCUGUCACUGCUCUCUUGAAUCUAUCAAUUAAUGAAGACAAUAAGGCCAUGAUCGUGAAAGCAGGAGCAGUUGAACCACUUAUUCAUGCUUUGAAGCCUGAGAAUAAUGUAGCCAAAGAAAAUUCUGCAGCAGCUCUCUUCAGUCUCUCUGUUUUCAAAGAAUAUAAGGCAAAGAUUGGCAGAUCUGGUGCAGUCAGAGCCUUAGUGGAUCUGUUGGCCUCAGGGACACUGAGAGGAAAAAAGGAGGCUGCUACUGCUUUGUUUAACUUAUCAAUUCUUCAUGAAAAUAAGGCUUGUAUAGUUCAAGCAGGAGCUGUGAAAUAUCUAGUUGAGUUGAUGGAUCUUGAUGGUGGGAUGGUUGAAAAAGCUGUUGCCCUUCUUGCGAAUCUUUCAACUAUUGGGGAAGGGUGUCUGGCAAUUGCUCAGAAAGGGGGUAUCCCUUUACUAGUAGACAUCAUUGAAUCAGGAUCCCAGAGGAGUAAGGAAAAUGCUGCUUCCAUAUUGUUGCAGCUUUGCCUUAAUCGUCCCAAGUUCUGUACCCUGCUUUUGCAAGAAGGGGCUGUCCCACCCCUUGUUGCUUUGUUGCAGUCUGGGACAUCAAGAGCAAAGGAAAAGUAACAGCUUAGACUUUUCUUUCUUUUGUGCUUCAGUAGAGUCCAUUAUAUGCUUUCUUAUCACUUAUCUUAUCACUUAUCUAUAUGACCCAAGGAAAAUUUUGACCAAUCUGGUUGAAUCAAAUUGAGAAGUAUAUGAAAUAUCAGAAUUGGCAUUUUAGCCUUUUGGUGUCAUUUCACUAGUAAAUAUGAAUUUUAUGUUCCUUUACUUUUUCUAAAUUGCCUCUUGGGAGGGUUGAACCACCCCCACCCCCCCCCCCCCCCCCCCCCUCUAGAAAAAAGGGAGGGAAAGAGAAAAGUACAAGGAUAAUACCCUUUUGUAAAUCAUUUAUCUGAUAUAUAACCUACCAUCUGUGGUUCAUCUAAAUGGUGACCUAGUUUUUUUAGUAUAAUAUGAUUCAAAGAGGAUUAUUGGGGUCCUAUGAGAAGUGUGAUAUAUAAACUCUUGUAUUGCAGGCACAACAGCUUCUUAGUCACUUCCUGAGCCAGAGAGUGGGGACCAUGGGGAAGGGGGAAAUCAUGAAGAGCAAAGAGAAACAGACUUAGCUUCUUUGCCAAUUUUCUCUACUGUUUUGGUAUCCUACCCCAUUUAAGUUAUGCCCCCUUGAAAUCAACUUUUGAUGAUCUUUUCCACAUUAUCUUUAGUUUUCAGCUACAUCAAUUAGCUGCAUAUAACUUUAUUCUUUAAUUCCCCCACUCUCCCACUUGUUUGGAUCUUUUUUUCUAUUAUUUUGGUAUCUUACUCCAUAUAGCUUUUUCUUCCUUUGCUUCUUUCUUCAUUUUGGGUUUCCUGGGUUUUGUUGUCCUUAGCACUUAGUUUGCUUAGUUUGCUCUUGCAUCAAUUUAGUUUGAAUAUAUGUUGUCUUGGAUAUGCUCUUCGGUUUUGUAGACACUUUGUACAUAUGCCAUAGGCUUUUGUAAUAAACUAUAAAGUCACUU